UUUAAACAAUAAAAGUGAACAAAGACCAGUAACAAAACAAGCAAUAAAUAUAAAAUCAUACACUAACAUUCAAAAUUAACGCUUACAUUGCCAUAUUGCUUAUUAACUAAUGAACACAGUUACCAUUUUUAACCAUUUCCGUUAAACACAUGUCGCAAUUGUUCUUUACUCUGGCUACUUUAAAGUAUAAACAAGUUUUUCUUUUGAGGGCCUUUAACAACUUGGCAGCACUGUUUCUUUCUUAUUGAUGGGCAACGAAACGAAAAUAAAUAGUAAAUCAGAAAGACAAAGAGAGAAUGAAGAAAAGAAAGAAUUGAAAAAAAGUGUCGACAGUGAAAAAUGGCUUUCUUAAAUAAAAUAGUUAAAAAAUUAAAAAAAAACCUAAAAUAUUAGUAAAUUAAAACGUGUAUUUAUUAAAACUAACACUUGAUUGUAGAAAAGCAAAGAAUUAAGCGAACGAAGUAAAACAGCAACUUUUAAAUUAGUGUAUAGAAUCGAAUUUUUUUUUUGUUUCGUUUUGUGAUGGAAAAUAUUUUUUGUGUAUAACAAAAUUUCGUAAAAAACUUUUUCCAACCAUCAUACAAUUGACGAGCAGAGGAGUGUAAUUUUUUUUUAAUAAUUUGUAUUUCAAAGGAAAAAAAAACAAUACAAAAGCCAACUAUUUAACUAAAACGAGAAGAUUAAUUUUUUUACAAGCAAAAAAUAAUUCAUAAAAAAAAGUUUAAGAGAAAUUAGUAUAUGUAUAACAAAAAUUGAAAAAAAGGAAAAAAUUUAACGCCAUGACUUAAGAAAGCCUAAAGGAGAUGUGUGUUAAUGUCUUUAAGAUUAGUUACCAUUAAACAACCACCUAGAAAAUAAUAAAAUAAAAAAAUAAAAAACACAAAAAACAAGAGCGCCCAAUAUGUCUUCAGCAACAUUAAUACUGCCAUCAACAACAUCAGCAGCAGCGAACUCGUCAUCAUCGUUGUUGUCGUUGACGACAUCACCAACUUCAUCUACUGUUUCAAGUGCAGCUAAAGCCUAUGCAACUACGAGUUUAUUAACAACAAAUUCAUUGCAACAAAAACAACAACAGCAUCAGCAACAACAAAUUUCACAACCCAUUAUAAUAAAUUCAAACACAGCAGCAACAUGUUUACAUUUACAUGCAAUUUAUCCUAAAAAUAAGCGUAAAUAUUAUAAUAAUAAAAUCCACAAGGAACGUAGAAAACGUCACGUUACAAACGAUGAUGGCAUUAAUAGUUAUUUAAGCUUAAUAUUAUUAGUAACAUUUACGAAACCUUUAAAUAUGUGGUAUCGUUUUAUAAAAAGUAUUAUCUUAACAUCUUCAUCAUCAUUAACAUCACCCACAACCACAAACACAGCCGCCACAACUGCAAGAGCAACACAAAGACUUUUAAGUAAAGGUUUUAUAAAAUCUUCAGCCACCACCACCACCAACACCUCCUCACCCACCUCCACCUCCAAUUCCAAAUCCUCCUCACCCUCCUUAAAUAACCUUAAUAAAACCACCUCCCGUUCAACACCUUCAUCGUCAUCAUCGCCAUCAUCGUCGUCGUCGUCGCCGUCAUCGUCACAUAGUAAAUGUAUACGUGUUUUACCACCCAUAGGAACUACCACAUCAUUUUUUACUUUACUAACCAUUAUCUGUCUAGAGACCAUCUUGCUCUCCACCAUGUCCAGUUGUGCAAAGACCUUUUACAUGCACUGGAACACCUCGAACAGCAUAUUUCGCAUUGAUAAUACCGAUCAUAUAAUCGAUGUAAACAAGGGCAAUCUGGCCUUUGAAUUCGAUCAGGUGCACAUCAUUUGUCCGGUCUAUGAGCCGGGUACAUUUGACAAUGAAACGGAAAAGUAUAUCAUUUAUAAUGUCUCAAAGGUCGAAUACGAAACGUGUCGGAUUACGAAUGCGGAUCCGCGUGUUAUUGCCAUAUGUGAUAAGCCACAAAAAUUGAUGUUUUUUACCAUAACGUUCCGGCCAUUUACACCACAACCCGGUGGUUUGGAGUUCCUUCCUGGGAAUGAUUAUUAUUUCAUUUCAACGUCUUCGAAAGAUGACCUCUAUCGACGAAUAGGCGGCCGCUGUUCCACGAACAAUAUGAAGGUCGUGUUUAAAGUCUGUUGUGCCUCAGAGGAAAAGAAUAAAACCACUACCAUAUCGACGAGUGGCGCAGGCGGCAGCGGGUCCACCUACACCACAGCGGUGGGCAGUGCGGUGCCGACAGACUCGGCCGGCAACAGUGGCGAAGACAUAACGAAUCACCACAAUAACAAUAACAACAACAACCAACAGCAACAAACCAAUCAUCCUCAUCACGGUAACAAUAUAAAUACAAUAGGCAUAAAUGGCAUUAACACAGGCAUGCUACCGAAUGGUGUAAUGAAUACCGGCGUGGGGCACAGUAAUAACCAACACAAUGGUUUGCAACUCAAUCCCAUAAUGAAUAGUCCUAGUGGAAAUGUGGCCACCUCAAUUAAUACCAACAUAGAUCAAUUCAAUCGCAUACCCAUGCAACCGAACGGCAUUAAUGUGCUCAGCAAUAAUAUUGGCGGCGGCAUGAACAUGGGCAACAUGGGUCCCGGCAUGAGUGGCAACAAUGGUUUGGGUCUGGGCACCCAUGGCGGCUCCGGCAUACUGCUGACACCCGGUCACAAUGGCAUCAACAUGAUUGCCUCGGGUGGCAAUGGUGGCGGCAUGCCCGGCAUACAUCAAUAUCCCGGUCAUGGCUAUCACGGCCAGACGGGCAUACGCAUUAACAAUGUGCCCUCGACGCAUCACACCAAUUUGAAGAAUAUGCAAAACAAUAACAAUGAUAACGAUCAUCAUCACUACGAUAAGCAUCCAAAUGAGGUUGUAAAAAAUGAGGAACUAACCUAUAAUAGAGCUGCCUCUUCAAUGACAUCGGCCACAGCAUUAUCCUUUAUCUUUCUGCUAACCUUAGCCACACAGAUUUGCUACUGGGUUUAAGUGAUUGUUUUUCGUUGGAAUUUUUAGUAUUUUUUUUUUUUUUGUUUAAAUUUAAUUUUGAGAUUUUAUUACGAUUAUUAUUUUGUUUGAUGGUUAUCAUUCAAAAGAAAACCUUGUUGGUGUGGCCAUCAACUUACUUAAAACUUACUUACACUUACUAUACGAGGGGUCAGCUAGAGUAGCAGCUUAUCUGGAAAGCAGUAGCGGAUUAAGAUGAAGUAGUAGAAGAUGUGGAAAACAAUGAAGAAACAGAACAGUUUGUACAUUUUAAGUCUAUUUUAUAUAAUAAUAUAAUUUUAGUUUAUAUCAUAAACAGAAGAGUAAAACAAAAACAACCAACAACA